GCGGGCGGCGCGAGGCGGUCGGCGGGAGCUCGAGGAGGAGCCGCCGCCGCCACCGCCGCCGCCAUAGAGACUGUAGCCGUGGAGACUGUUACUUACCAACGGGGACCAACACGCAGCAGCAGCCGCCGCCGCGGGAGCCGCUGCCCGAACUCCCGGCCCGAACUCCAGAAAACUGGAUCAGCUUAUGUGCAACCUACAACAUUAUCUCAGGUAGCUUGGCCGGAUCCCUGCUCUGAACCUGGAAGGCUAUCGGGAACUCCCACUCGCCUGUCCUGUCUGCAUCUGCAGUUGCCUCUGUGGGCCUCAUGACUGCAGCCCUGCCCGCUCACCCUCUCUCCGCCUCUCUUCAGAACUGAGCAUGCAGAGUUCAGAGGGUGCAGCGGACUCACCAGCUUCUGUGGCUCUGUGCUCAUCAGCGGCCGCCCAGGCGCCUGUGGCCCAGCCAGUGCCAGCCUCCCCGCAGAGGGUGCUGGUCCAGGCAACGGGCUCGGCUUCCAAAGGGGCCCAGAUGCAGCCAAUCUCCCUCCCCAGAAUCCAGCAGGUGCCACAGCAGGUCCAGACUGUGCAACACGUGUACCCAUCCCAAGUGCAGUACGUGGAGGGCGGAGACGCCGUCUACACGAAUGGUGCCUUGCGGACGGCCUAUGCCUAUAACCCCGAGCCUCCAAUGUAUGCCACAAGCAGCGCAGCAUCUUACUUCGAGGCCCCGGGCGAUGCCCAGGUGACCGUGGCAGGCUCCUCGCCGACAGCAGUCCCCUCCCACAGCAUGGUGGGCAUCACCAUGGAUGUCGGGGGGAGCCCCAUUAUCUCCAGCACAGGAGCCUAUCUCAUCCACGGGGGGAUGGACAGCACCAGACACUCGCUGGCCCACACUUCCCGGUCGUCUCCAGCAACGCUUGAAAUGGCGAUUGAAAACCUCCAAAAAAGCGAAGGGAUCACAUCACACAAAAGCGGUUUACUCAACAGCCAUCUCCAGUGGCUGUUAGAUAAUUACGAAACCGCUGAAGGCGUCAGUCUCCCCCGAAGUUCUCUUUAUAACCAUUACCUUCGGCACUGCCAGGAGCACAAGCUGGACCCUGUGAAUGCCGCCUCCUUUGGGAAACUGAUUCGCUCUGUGUUUAUGGGCCUGAGGACGCGGCGGCUGGGUACCAGGGGCAACUCAAAGUAUCAUUACUAUGGAAUCCGUCUAAAGCCGGACUCGCCCCUGAACCGGCUGCAGGAGGACACCCAGUACAUGGCCAUGCGGCAGCAGCCUGUGCAUCAGAAACCGAGGUACCGGCCAGUCCAGAAGUCAGACAGUCCUGGGGACAAUGGCUCACACAGCAGCCUACACAGCACGCCAGAGCAGGCCAUGGCCGCCCAGAGCCAGCACCACCAGCAAUACAUAGAUGUCUCCCACGUCUUCCCGGAGUUCCCAGCACCUGACCUGGGCAGCGUCUUGCUGCAGGAGAGCAUCACGCUUCAAGACGUCAAGGCCCUGCAGCUGGCCUAUCGGCGGCACUGUGAGGCAACUUUAGAUGUCGUGAUGAACCUCCAGUUCCACUACAUUGAGAAGCUGUGGCUUUCCUUCUGGAAUGCUAAAGCCUCCCCCAGCGAUGGCCCUGCCUCUCUACCAGCCAGUGAUGAGAUUCCCGAAGCCACCGUCCUCCCGAAGGACAAGCUGGUGUCUCUGUGUAAAUGUGACCCCAUCCUUAAGUGGAUGAGGAACUGUGACCACAUCCUCUACCAGGCCCUGGUGGAGGUCCUCAUCCCCGACGUGCUGCGGCCAGUACCCAGCACCUUGACACAGGCCAUUCGUAACUUUGCCAAGAGCUUGGAAGGCUGGUUGACGAACGCCAUGAGUGACUUCCCACAACAGGUUAUCCAGACUAAGGUCAGCGUGGUCAGCGCCUUCGCCCAGACCCUGCGGAGAUACACAUCCCUCAACCACCUGGCACAGGCGGCUCGGGCCGUGCUUCAGAACACUUCCCAGAUCAACCAGAUGCUCAGCGACCUCAACCGCGUGGACUUUGCCAACGUGCAGGAGCAAGCCUCGUGGGUGUGCCAGUGCAAGGAGAGCGUGGUGCAGCGGCUAGAGCAGGACUUCAAGCUGACCCUGCAGCAGCAGAGCUCCCUGGACCAGUGGGCCAGCUGGCUCGACAACGUGGUCACGCAGGUCCUGAAGCAGCAUGCGGGCAGCCCCAGCUUCCCCAAGGCUGCCCGGCAACCACCUUCUCCCCAGCCCUUGAAAGCCGACCUUUUAUAGCUCCAUGGUGAUCCGAGACCUCACCCUGCGCAGUGCUGCCAGCUUCGGCUCCUUCCACCUGAUACGCCUGCUGUAUGAUGAGUACAUGUUCUAUCUGGUGGAGCACCGCGUCGCCAAGGCAACCGGGGAGACACCCAUUGCUGUGAUGGGAGAGUUCAACGACCUCGCCUCCCUGUCACUGACACUGCUGGACAAAG